ACUACAAUUCACAACCCACCGAGACAGAUCAAGGUACCCGCGCGCCAGUGAAACACUUGAACCCGAUUCCCCCAUUCGACUUCUGGUACGCGAAGCGCGAGUCUAUGCGGGAACCUCUUUGACUCUCAACAUUCGGUGGUACCUACUCACCUGUUGGUUUACUGCCAAUUCGCGCGCGUUGUUUGGUGAUUUUGUGACAGUUGUGAAGAUAUUUGUGAACAAUUGGUGGUCUGUGAUUUGGUUUUGGAUUUAUGACUGUUUGAUUGGCCAGGAACAGUGGGAAAUUAGAGUGUUCAUAUUUCUGACAAAAGAAGGUCACAUUGAGUGGUUUUGGUAAAAUGUCCUAAUUCGAAGAAACUAAGUCUACAUAGGUGCCAUAAAAAUAUGUUCCAAGGAUAACAUGGCUUUGAAACUACGGAAAGAUAUAAAAAAGUCACUUUACUAUGUUUGGUUCCUGGGAGCGAAGGAGUCAAAGGGACUUAGAGGAUCUGAAUAUAUAAUACCUGUGAUAAAACACUUGGAGCAGAGGGAGAAAGAGGUAGAACCCUUCAAAGUUACCCUUCAAGUGUCCCAUAAAGGAUUGAAGAUCAUACAGAAUAUUGUAGCUCAAGGAAAGAGUAAACCCAAGAACGAGACAAUCAAACAUUUCAUUCCUCAUAAUACUAUUACCUGCGUCUACCAGCAUGAAGAUAUAAUAGCUUGUAUUCUGUUACUUUUCAACCCAGUUACGAAAUGUCCUCUGCAUAUACAUGCUUAUAGAUGUGAUAGUGUUGAGACUGCUGGAUUACUUCGUCAGCAAUUGCAAGUUCUCAUAGAAAGUCCUGAAAAUCAGAAGAAAUUCGCAGAAAUAGAAAGCAGAUUAAAUCCCCCAGUUAAGGAAGUGAAAAAAUUGGAAUCAUCCCUUGGUAGUGACACUGGCACGAGUACCAGAGAAAGUGAAUCUAGUGAAGAAAGGUACCAGAUAGACAAUAAUCGUAUAACAAACCUAUAUGAUUCGGUUGCUGCUGAGUUGAGGGCGAAGCUCAACAAGAAGAAUGAACCAAUACUCCUACCACCAAGAGAUUAUGACACAGUUCAUAGACAGAAAGGAAAUUUAACCGGAAUCGAAUUGAGGAGAUGUCUUAAUGCCAGCAUAGUAGGACAAAACGCUAAAGCCAAGAGGAUAGAGAGCAGUGGUGGCAGUUCUGGUAUUGGCUCGGAUCAUCCACCUAGUCCUGACAGUCCUAACAUCCCAGAUUCAAGGUUCAACACUCUGGACAACCACAGCACAAGUGAUGAAGAAUGGACAAACAAUAACAACGAUUCCGCUCUUUACCUCAUGCACUCUUCUUCGGCCAACGUAACUUUACCAAGACCUUCUAGGAACCCCGAAAGAGAAAUACCAGACGAGGCCUAUAGCGAUUAUAGAACAGAACACAACUUUAACAGGUACCAAGAACCAAUGUCUCCAAAACUGCCUAAAGGUGAUGCUAGAACCCGUCGAGAUAAGUACCAUCCAGAAGAUAAUAGAACGCAAGAAAACAACAUAGCAAAAUACUUGGAGAAACCUAUCGCUAAAUACACCGACAACAAAUACUUGGAGAGGCAGAAAUCUUUGGAAAGGGAAAAACAUAAAACAAUCGAGUUUCCGAAGAGUGUAGAGAGAGCUGAGAGGAGUUCAGAUCGACAAGUCUUCACUAACGGCCAUAAAUCGUUGGAGAAACAGAACUCAAGGGCUAGAAGUUUCGAAUAUGGCAGAUCGGACAACUAUUAUCAUGAAGAUUCUGGAAGGAAUCUGAAAUAUGAAGGAAGAUAUUAUGAUGAUGAAAUAAGAAGGGUGGAGAAAGAGAAGCCUAGCAAAUACUAUGAAGAUGACGGUUUCGACGAGAUUAGAUAUAAAAAUUCAUCUAACCUUGAAAAGUCAAGGUUCUCAAGUUAUGAAUCAGAAGAACAUUCGAGAGAUCAUAGGUCUUAUCAGAAUCCUCCAGUCCCUAAGACACGGCAAAGGUUCAACGAUGAAUACCAUCCUGAGAAGAAGUUUAAUAGAACACAAUUCAUCGAAGACUAUCAAGUGGAAUUAGAUGUUAAAUCAAGAAACAGGAAAGAAGUUGAGGAAUAUAGAAAGGAACCUGAAAUGAGACCAAGAACGAAAAAAAAUGGUGACGAUUACCAGAGAGAAUCUGAUAUCAGGGCUAUGAGCAGAGAUGCUGUGGAUUCGUACUCAAAAGAGCCUGUUUUGAGGGGUAAGAACAGAAAUACGGAAAAUUAUGAUGAUGAAGUUGAGAUGAGGAGCAAAUCCAGAGUUUCUCCAGAUGACUACCACAAAACGAGAAGGUACUUCGGUGAAGAAGAAGGGACGAGGGGUAAACCUUCAAUUGAGCCUGAACGUUCGGCGUAUUGCAGAGCAGAUAAAGAUGAUAAUUCUUAUAAAUCGCUAGAGUACUUCGAAGAAGCCAGUAAGAAUAGAAGGAAUGCACAAUUUAGGCAAAGAAGUCCAUCACCAGAAGUGAUAAAAGUUUCUCCUCAAGAUAGGUUUAGGGAUGCGAAGGAAAAAUUCCUUUCUAUGGAGAGAGAAAGGUUAGCAAACCAGAGAAGAGGAAUGAGAGAUGAACCAUCUAAUUCUAAUAACAAGCCAUCACACCUGAAAAGACACGAGAGCAUGAUGAGUCCAAUGAAGGAUAGAUACGACGAUCCUUUCUACGACGAAAUAAAUAGUAGCGUUGUAAAACCAUCACCAAGACAUGUAGAAGAAGUGAGGUACCGUAGGGAAUCUCCCGUCGACCGUUACAGAAACACCGAAAAAGUCGAUCCCAAGCGAAGAUCUAUGUUCAAUUUGAUCGAAGAUGAGCACAGAAAAAACUCCAACGAAAUCGCGAGAGAAAUAAAAAGAAGAUCUUAUCUAGAUUCUACCAACUAUGACGAUGAGCUGCAUAAGGAAAGAGAAAGAAAUUACCAUGAGCUUCCAGAAAGUGACAGAUAUCCACCAGAAAGAGAUGGCUACAGCAAGUCCUACCAUGAUCUGGACAAGGUGGGGGAGAUGAAAUACGAUGCUAAAUUCGCAAAGAAUCAGAAGAACAAGAGCGGAGCAGGUUAUAGGCACAGUUAUGCUGAGCCUAAAAUGAGAAUGGAUAAGAAAAACGGGUACUCCGAUAUUUUACACAGAACGAACAGCACGGUUGGUAGCAAUGGGAGAGUUGGUAUUGCAAGCAUCCAUCCUUACUGAUACCAUAACGUAUCUUGUCACUAUUUUUUAAUUUGUUUAUUGGUAGUUUUCCAAGGUGUUUCUAAAAAUCUAUAACUUUGGAUAUAUAGUAUUGUUAUCUUCUUGAUAUUUUCACCGAAUGAAGACGCUUAUUUUUUUAUCACAUCUAAUUAUUCAAUAACGCCUAAUAUGGAUUGCUCAAAAACUAUAAUAAAGUACUAAUAAAUUCAUUGAAGUCCAUUAACUAACGUUGUUGUAAGAUGAUUAUCAAAAUAAACAUCACUGCAAUGCAAGUGAAUGCAAAGAAAAUGAUUUCUAUGUAGCCUGUGCAAUUUGAAGUUUUAACUUUGAAUGGUUUAUAUAAGUAUAAUUAUUUUUUAUAUAAGACAUCGUAUACAUACCUAAAUAAUAUUUUCAUUGAUAAAACGAAUAUUUAACAAUUGUGUUAAUUUGAUAUUGAUCUAUUUUAAGUUGAUUUUCUCUAUAUAUUCUUACUUAUGUUCACUUCUGUAUAUAUUUUAUUUUAUAUUGAAAUGAAAAAUAUAGAUUUAUUUAUUUUUAUAUGUGCCUUCGUAUUUUAUAAUUGUGACUAUCAGAAAUUUAAAGAACCUUUUUAUUGAUUUUAUGGUAUAUAUUUGAUGUAAUGUAAUUUCAAUUUCAUGAGUAUUACUAUAAGAAAAUAAAACUGUGGUUUGAGUCAAUUAAUGUAUUAUAAUGAUGAAUGUUGUUGAUGCUUCGAAUAAUAAACGGUUUUUAUGUA